GCAACGUUGACGAGUGUGUCUUAGCGCGCUGUCGGGUGUGCACAUCAUCUCUGCUUUUUUUUUUUGCUUCUCCGGGGCCGAACGCUGCCAUCGCGAUAUAAGUCUUCAAGAUGAUGAAAAUGAAGCAAGUGGGCCUUGUGGCCGACCUGAUGCCCAACAUCAGGAUCACGCAAGCCGUCGGUCACUGGCUCUUCAACUACUACAGCGAAGGGAUGAGAUUCCCUCAUAAAAUUUACUGCAUGGUGACGCUGUUUCUGAUGCUGUUCCAAUUCGGCACUAUGGCAGUGAAUUUGGUGAAGGAAAUCGACGACGUCGACCAGCUGACGGCGAACACGAUCACGGUGCUGUUCUUCUUGCACCCGAUCGUGAAAGUGAUCUACCUGGCGGCGCGCGCCAAGAUAUUCUACAAGUGCCUGGGCAUCUGGAACAGCCCCAACAGCCAUCCGUUAUUCGCCGAGAGCAACCAGCGCUACCACGCCCUCGCGCUAUCCAAGAUGAGGAAACUUUUGUUCUGCGUUUGCGGCGCCGUCAUAUUCUCCGUGUUGUGCUGGACGGGCAUUACCUUUUUCGAGGACCCCAUUCGCACGAUUCACGAUAAAGAGACCAACGAGACCACCACUAUACCGGUUCCAAGACUGAUGAUCCGCUCCGCGUAUCCGUGGAACGCGAUGGGCGGCGUAGCGCACAUCUUCUCGCUGAUCUAUCAGUUCUAUUAUCUGGCCAUCACAAUGGGUAUCUGCAACAUGUUUGACGUGCUGUUCUGCUCGUUCCUACUGUUCGCCUGCGAGCAGCUGCAGCAUCUCAAGGCCAUUAUGAAGCCACUCAUGGAGCUGAGUGCCACACUGGACACCGUCGUACCCAACAGCGGAGAGCUGUUCAAGGCUGGCAGCGCGGACCACCUGAGGGAAUCGUCGGGUAUCCAACCAAGCAGCAACGGCGAGAACGUGCUCGACGUCGACGUACGCGGCAUAUACAGCAAUCGCCAAGACUUCACGGCGACGUUCAGACCGACCGCCGGCACGACUUUCAACGGGGGCGUCGGUCCGAACGGCCUGACCAAGAAACAGGAGAUGCUCGUGCGGAGUGCCAUCAAGUAUUGGGUCGAGAGACAUAAGCACGUCGUCAGGCUGGUAACAACGGUCGGUGACGCUUACGGCGUUGCUCUUCUGCUUCACAUGUUAACGACUACCAUUACCUUGACUCUACUCGCUUACCAAGCCACGAAAGUGAACGGGGUGAAUGUGUACGCGGCGACGACUAUCGGUUACCUGCUCUACACUCUGGGCCAGGUGUUUCUGUUCUGCAUCUUUGGCAAUCGGCUUAUCGAGGAGAGCUCAUCUGUUAUGGAAGCCGCAUACUCUUGCCACUGGUACGACGGUUCGGAGGAGGCAAAAACUUUCGUACAAAUUGUGUGUCAGCAGUGUCAGAAAGCUAUGUCUAUAUCUGGUGCCAAGUUCUUCACGGUAUCGCUUGAUCUAUUCGCCUCGGUAUUGGGCGCUGUAGUGACAUACUUCAUGGUAUUAGUGCAACUGAAGUAAACGUUGAGAAUUGUCGGAGCGAGUGAACAACAAUAUCGAUUCGACUUUACGACUAGUAGCUACAACUUGGGAUCGCUUCCAUCCAGCAGCUCGCUAUCUUUCGAGAGAGCGAGCCCGCUCGAACUUUGUUAUUUGGGAGAUUGCGCAGCCAGACGAAAACCCAUCGCUCUCCCGCGCUUACUAUCUUUUUCUCUUUCCCUCUCGAUGCGAGGCUGAGGGAGAGAGAGAAGGGGGGAUAUUCGCCGUGUGCUUUUACCUCUUGGGAGACCCGGGCUUGCAUACAUCUUUGGCGAGUAUCGCCGUUUCUCCAAGAAUGCUGUCUAUUUAUUUAUGGCCCGACAUCUAUCUCGCAGGAUUCCUUGUUUUCUCCAAUCAAAACCUUAUUUUACAUUUUUUUCUUUGCUCAAAAAAACAUUUUCAAUCGUUGCCUCUCGUCAAAUUUUAUUCUAUAUUUCAUAUCUUACUCUGGCUAGAGAAUAUUAAACACAAAAUAUCUUUACUUUUUUUUUAAUGUUCGAUACGUAUUUCAUUUAUAGUUUUUUUAUCAAUUUCAUUCACUAUGGUAGCCAGCUGAUGAUCAAACACAUUCCGAGUGUGAUUAUCAGAUAUACAGCCAGAUGAAUGAACUACUGCAAGCGAGUUGUAUAUUCGCCGAUGAAUUACUUCUUACAGAUUACUCAUGUUUAUUUUGAGCUAUCGUUGCCGUGGUUAGCUUACAAUUAUUAUUUAUUUAUUGAUUUACUGUGAAGAGUCAAUAUUGAUUAUUAAUUUCAAAGUAUUAACAUACUUGCAGGGGAAAUAAUACGCUAAACAUAAUUAAAUACAUAAGUAAAUUUGCAUAACAGUUAACAAUGUAUUAUUUUUAAAUGAUUUAUCCAUUGUUGAUUGUUGAGCUUAGUUCAUGAAUACAUAAAGUAAACAGAAAAUUUAAUUUACAUAAUACCUACACUGCAUGAUGCGCUUUUCAACGACUUUAAGACGUUACCUAAACUGGUCAAUUGUUAAUUACAUUAUUUUUUUGUAGCAUUUUAUUUGGACAUCAAAAUAAGCUUUGUGUACGUUUUGAUUGUUUUCUUUUACCUUAAAAUCAUGCGAAUAAGAAAAUUAUUAAAACCUAUAACUGUAAAUAUAUUUCCUAUUAUAUUGGUUACGGUUGAAAGACAAGUAUAUUUUACUAUAAUUAAUAUAAUUUUUUUCUAAAUAUUUAAGAAUUUCUUUUCAAGAAUUUUCCAAAAAAAUAUUUGAUGAAUGUGUAAUAAACUUAAACUAACAAAACAAAUUACAUUAAUACGUAAAAUAUAUGAAUAGAGUUUGUGAAUGAUAAUUUGCAUAGUGUACAUAUAUAUUAUGAUGCUGUAUCUUAUUAAGGUAAUGUAUAAGAAAUUGUAAAUCAAAUCAACUCUUGAAUACCAACUGGAAAUGUUAUUUCUCUUCCUUAUUUUUUAAUCCCACAUCAUUGUUAACUAUUUUCUUUUUUUUUUUUUUUGAAAAAAAUAAUUAAACUCUAUUUAAUCUUUUAGUUAUGUUUGAAAUAAUUUAACUAAGAAACUGCAAAACUACUAAACGAGUGUCUUAAGAUAUUUUAUACUUCAACGUUAAAGAAAUAUUUCAUUUGUUUUACAAUCAAUUAUGAGGAAACUGGAUGUCAAAUAAUUUAGUAAAAAACACUAUGUACCAAAAUAACUUUAAUUUGAUAAAAAUGCAUUGGUAUUUUGGGGUUGAUUUUUGCAGCCAUAUACUUUUUUAAAAAUAUCUGUGAUCACAUUGAAUAUAAAUAUCAAUUCACCAACUUCUGAAAUCACGUUAAUUUUUUACUAUUUUUCAAAAUUAUUUUCCAAUUGAUGCUGUUUCUAUGCAAGAGUAUAGUUUGGAAAAUUUUGAUCAUUUUAUAAUCGAAAUGAUUAUAUAUUGUUAUACGUAUCUGAGUAAAAAAUCGACCAUAAUUUCGCAUUUACUUUGGGUGUUGGUAAUUCAAAUUUCGUAAAGUAAUAAAUCUAGCCAUAUUCUUAACUGAUAACUUUGUUUAUUGCAACGUUUGCAUUUUUUCAAUAAAAUAUUUAGGAUAUUAACACGUUGAGCGAAGCAUGACUCAUUUUGGGCCAUGAAUUUUUUGUAUUAAAUAUUAAAUAUCAAUUAUCCUUUUCUCUCAUUAAUUUGCAGCAUUACAAAAAGCAUGAUUUGUUUAGAAAUAGAUACUGACUUAUACCAAUCUAAUUGGUAAUAAUGUAAUAUUACCGCCUUAUUUGCCUAUAAAAAACAAAAAUACACCAGACUUUUUAGGGCCUUCGUAUUCAACGUUUUAAUUAAUAUCAUUGUAUAAUAAAGUCAAUGCGAUUGUGAGAUCGUUACUAUUUUUUAGAACGACAUAAAAUAUUCAAUGGGAAUAAGUUAUUUCGUUAAAAUUUACCUAAUGUUUUGGUUAUGAUAUACGUUAUUUCCAUAGUAUUGGAUUAAUAUAUCAUAAUAAAAUUACAGAGUAUUUUUGCAAAAAAAAAAAUUUUAAAUGUAGUAGAAAUUGAAUUUUAAAGUGCAAUAAUAUUUUGGUAAUUGGUGUUUCUAAUUUGUUUUCUCUAAUCAGUCUUAUACUGAAUAACAUAAUAAAACAUUAUUCUCUGUAAAUUUGUGUAAAAAUACUAU